CUGAUAAAAUGUUCUUAAUAUUAUCUUAAGAGGAUCAUCCUAUUUACGAGAAAAGAUUUCCAUUAAAAAAAACUACUCUAGGUAAUUAAUAAGUAUUGAAUGCAUAAUUCAUUUUACAUGCAUCAUUAGAUGUAUUCGAUGAAAAAUACAAAUCAUCUAAAGAAUUGUAUACUAUAAUUAUUAAUAAGAUUUCUAAAAGAAAUAGAUUAAAAGUAAGAUUAUAGAGUAUUUGGAUAUGUUACUCCAUCAAAUAUACGAUUCUUAUUAUUAACUGACCAAGACGAAGAAAGAGUGAAAACAUUUUUUUAAUUAGCACAUGAAUAAUUAAUAAAAAUAUUAAUGAAUCCUUUGUAUUAAUUAGGAACGUUGAUUGCAUCUCCAUAUUUUGACUCUGUAGUUUAAUAAUUAUUGCAGAAUAGAUUAAACUAAUGA